GUGGGAGGACCGGGCCUUCCAGCAGUCAGUAAAAGCAGACAAUGAAUGGGUCUUCUGGGAGUUCAACAGGAGGCCUUGUAGAGAUUUGCUUGAUGCACCCCCUCGAUGUGGUGAAAACCAGGUUCCAGAUUCAGAGAGGGUCAGCAGAUCCAAACAGGUACAAGAGCGUCGGGGACGGUUUCCGGACCAUUUUCCGUACCGAAGGGUUGUUUGGUUUCUAUAAGGGGAUUCUUCCACCCAUAUUGGCCGAAACACCCAAAAGAGCUGUGAAGUUUUUCACCUUUGAGCAGUACAAGAAAUUGCUUGGAUAUAUGUCACUGCCCCCAGGACUUGUUUUUGCAGUUGCUGGACUAGGAUCAGGACUGACAGAAGCCAUUGUGGUUAACCCUUUUGAGCUUGUCAAAGUUGGCUUACAGGCCAAUCGGAGCACAUUUGCCCAGCAACCAUCCACUCUGGCCUAUGCCCGCCAUAUCAUUAAAACAGAAGGACUGGGACUCCAAGGAUUGAACAAAGGUCUCACAGCAACCCUCGGCCGCCACGGUGUUUUCAACAUGGUUUAUUUUGGAUUCUACUUCAACGUCAAAAAUAUCAUUCCUGCCAAUAAGGAUCCAACUUUAGAGUUUUUGAGAAAAUUUGGGAUUGGGCUCACCUCGGGCACAAUAGCCUCAAUCAUUAACAUCCCCUUCGAUGUUGCCAAGAGUAGAAUUCAAGGGCCGCAGCCUGUUCCUGGAGACAUCAAGUACAGAACGUGUUUUCAAACAAUGGCAACAGUCUACCAGGAGGAAGGGUUUUUUGCUUUGUACAAAGGAUUGGUGCCCAAGAUUAUGAGACUUGGACCAGGUGGAGCAGUGAUGCUUUUGGUGUAUGAAUAUACCUAUCUGUGGCUUCAGGAAAACUGGUGAUUCAUGAUAGGGCCUAUAAGAUCAUUUGCACCGUGAAAUAAUGGUCAUCUACAAUGAAGCAUGAUUAAAUGAAAAGAACGCAAUAAAACAGUAGAUUAGGCAGAAAACAGAAAUGUUGCUCAGUGUUUAGGUUGCACUGAAAUAAAUCUCUGAAUGAAUUCAUACAUUUUAAAGUUAUAAUUUUGACAGUAUCAUAGGAACUGUGGGGACAAACAGAAAUUUUGUAGAAUUUUUCAAUUGUGCUAACAGAAACAUUAAUAUAGUAAUCACUUGCAUUUCCCAGAGAUGGCUUCAACAAAUUCUAUUCAGUGACUUGCUGACAGACAUUACACUUAAUUUUCAGUUUAGUAGAAGAUCUUUCAGUGAAAAUCAGGUCACAGAAAAUAAUAAAUCUAAAACUAGACUUUAGGAAAAUACCAAAUUUUUUGUCCCAUUUUAACAAAAUACUCCCAGAAGGACUAAAGGAAAAGCAUAUUUUUAAAAGCUUACUAAUGUUUUAAAUACAGUAAACAUUUAAAAGCUGCAUGAAAAUAGCCAUAUUUCCUCCAGCCUUAAUUUUUAAAAUACCACAGUGACAAUACUUUUCUAAGGUUCCAUAUAUAUUUCAACCUUAAGUUUUCUAAGUGGUCUUUAUAUGGCACCAGGCUGUAAAUUGAAAUUUAAUGAUUUAUAUAAGUGUUCAGAUUCAUAAUCGUAUUUCACACACUAGAUUUUUUCUCCUGAUAUCUGUAACACUUUGAAACCAUUUUGUGAACCGGUGAUCUUUAUGUGAACCCUAUUGCCUAAUGAAAUCAGAGGUCUUUCUUUUUCAACUGGAAAGUGCGAACUUUUCUUACAAUAAAUUAAAUUUCAUUAUGCAUCUAUAUUCAGACAUUUUUGUUGGCUAUUUUCCCCACUAGAUUAUGAAUGGGAACUAUUCCUUGGACACCCUGCUAGUUAGAUUUACAUCCAAACAGCUUUCACCAGUUUCUGCCCCUGUGACAUUCUCAUGAAGAAUGUGAAAAGCAAAAUUACAUUUCCAGGUUAUUGGUUUUAAAUGACAGCUCAGGUGUUAAAAUAAGCAUUUUAAAGGGGGGGGAAGAUUUAAAAUAGAAAUGCAUUCUUCGCAUUUCAAAAGAUUCCUGUGCUAACUUGUACACCAAAAAUAUCUCUGGUCUAGGUACAACCACAUCAGCUUCUACAACUACACUUUGAAAUGAUGCUACUUCAGUAGCUAAAGUCAACAUAAAGAUCUGUUCCAUUUUUUAACUACCUUUUUUUAGAGAACUCCUAUGCCCGAAUGAGUCACUACAGUGAAAGAGGUUCAGCUAGUAACAUUUUAAAAACGAAGAUUGAAAGAUAACAUGGUCAUUACUUUUUUAUUAAUUUAGAGCAUUCAAAAUAUAAAAAUAAAAGGCCUUUUACAUACUUGUAUAUAUACAUACAUAGCCUUGUGACAUACAUCCUUUCCAACAAGACUUUCAGCCCAAUCUUUCAAGGAGAGAGUGAUUCCAAACAGAAAACCUAACAAUGCAUAGAGAAGUGAGAAUGUACUGCUUGAGAAACCAACCUUACCCUUCCUAUGCAGGUAAUACUUCCAUUCACACGGGUGAAGAUUCUGCCUGCAAAGAAGCUACAGAAUUGGACUUUAUAACUUCUCCAUAUAGACAAUGUGGAAAAAUAUCUCUCAAGAGCAUAUUUACCAGUUUAAAAGCAACACUUUUACCCUCUGGGAAUUUGAGAGGAUGUGUCAACCACAAACAAAAAACAUACACAAAGAGAUCAUCCUACUCCCCAUCCUUUUAUAUUAUAAAGUGAC